CACCUCGGUGGAUUGGGAAGGGAGUGUUUCUCAUUGCCAUGUUUCUCAAACAGCGAGGGGUAUCUGAAGUUGAACACGGAGCACCCAUCGCUUAAAACUUGGGUCUUACCAGAGGCAGUCUACUCAGUAGAAGACACGUGGCUUCGGGGAAACACGGGGGCAAGCAGAGGAAUAAAAGUGAGAUCGCGAGAGCGUAAGUGAAAGCAGAAGGAUUGGGGGACUCGAGAGUCAGGUGCCUUCGGAACCAGUUCUGAACCAAACGCCGCCCACGCGAUAGACUCCCGGAGAACGGAUUCUUUCUCCGCCACGUCUCUAACGGCCCGCAGAGUGGCGAGAGACAGACGGGAGUCGAGCCACACGACGCCAGGGAUGAGUGAGUUCUGGCACAAGAUCGGAUGCUGCGUGGUGGCCAAACCGCCUCCGAAGAAGAAGAGGAGGAGGAUUGAUCGCAGCAUGAUUGGAGAGCCCACAAACUUUGUCCACCUGACUCACAUAGGCUCCGGAGAGAUGGCAGACGGCUUGCCACCGUCUGGAUCAGUCCAAGAACAGAUGAGGUCGAAAGUCCCCCAUGCUAACGGACGCAACAGCUUAUUAUAGCCCUCCUCUAGUCAGUUUGAAGGUGAAAAACUGUGGUCCUCUGACUUCCAUGCCACCCUAAAUAUUGCUUCCUCACCAGGAUCUGUUAACCAGAAAGCACUUGGCAAACCUGAAGAAGAAAACCGCCCCCCCCAAAAAAAGGCUGAUAACUGCAGACUUACAGUAUUAGUGUCUGCCCCUCUCGUUCUCUCUCCCUCUCUCUCCCCCCAACAUCCAUUUGCCACACGUGCCAAAACGGAGGAUAUCAGUUUUCCGCCUUGUGGGUUUCCUCUGUCUUUUUUGUUUUUUGUUUUGUUUUGUUUUGUUUUGGAGGAGACCAAGAUGUAAAGAGGCCUUUUUUUUCACUUGUUUUGGCAACUCUUCUCCCGGCCUCCAGACAAAGGACAGUCGUUUAGCAUUUCAUCCAGUCUGUGUAUAAUGCGUGUGUCGGAGAGAGCGAGUGUGUUUUUAUUUUUUUUCUAGGAUGUGCGAUUGACUGCAUAUCGAUACACUGGCCGUGUUCACUUUAGAGGAGAAGAGACAAAAGGGUCUCCUCCAGUAGUAGACCGUCUGACUGGUCCAAAGUUUGUACUGCCUUCUCAAACGUAAUCCUAUCUGUGGAAUGGGUGAGGUUGUGCCCUGUCAGAAGUAUGUGUGUAUGUGUGUUUGUGUGAAAUUGCUUUUAUAAUAGAUGGGUAAUUUUUUUUAACUCGCUCAGUGUCUUACAAGACCAAAUGUUAACCAUAGCUCAUUAUAUCAGUACAGUUUUGUAGUUUGCUUUGAUGUUAGUUUUGAUAUAGGCUAGUCGUAAGACCAUUUUUUUGUGCUAAUUAUAGCCCUUGUUGCUGAACAGCUGUGCUGAUGCAGCCGUAGUUGCCAUAGAGACGGAACCAACGUUUUGAUUCCGUAAACAUGAGCGGAGCCAAAUCCUGGCGCCAGCCUCUUUUAGGUUUUUAUGAAUGUCCAUGGCAUUAUUUUGUAAUUAAGCCCAAAGUUUGUUUUUUUUUUUUAAACAAAAAGACUUGAUUUGUUUGUUGGUUUUUGUUUUGUUUUUUUUUAGUGUUAGCUGUAUGUCUAGUGCUCAGCGUAGACAGAUUUCAAACACUGGAUACCAUACUCAUACAUAAUGUCGUUCCACCUGUCAGUCAUCCUCAGGGGUACAAACGCAUUUCACUUUCCUUCUAAGUGUCUAAGUCACAGGGUGAAAUUCCUCUUUCACUUUCCUUUAAAAGCACAAAGUCUUUUGUCCACAGCACAGAUAUUUAUAUUUCCUUAGCAUUCUGUCACUUAUCAGCAUCCUUAAGGUUCACAGGCAUAUUACCAUCUGUUUUCCAGAAUAUUUUUAUAAUGGAGUUAAAAAAAAAAAAAACACUUUGUCAGAUUUUUUUUUUCUUUUUUUUUCUUCUAACCGUCUAUGUAGCUAACCAGCGUAUUUAUUACAUUGAUGAGUGGUUGGUUUGCUGCAGUUGUUUGGGUGCAAUUUUCCAGAAACCAAAUAAAACCAUUUACUGUUGUUUGUACUUGGUCUGUCAUGAGAAACAUCGUAAUUUUGUAUGGUAUGUCAUGUAUUUGGAGUGAAAGAAGGGUAUUAUGUACAGAAAUUAAGCUCUGCUAUAUUUCUUGUAUUAUGUUAGUGCCUUCUAUGUGACAAACAGCAAAGUGUAAAACCAUCUAGAAAACACGUACUUUGUUUCUUCAUUACAUGAGUCUGUGUGUAAGCACAUGGAUAUGACCCAAACAGCUUUAAGUGAUUUUUACCCGUGACCUCAGAUCGUACCCGUGACUUAUUUCCCUGUUUUGUCUCUGUUGUCAUUGAUGGAAAGGUGAUUAUUUGCUAUGACUGAGUGCUGUUUUCUUUCCUGUUAUAACUUUGUUUGAGCUUUUAACUUUGUUUUGUUUUAUUAGAAAAGCCAGUUUACUGUAUGUCAUGAAGUGUAACCCGCACAAAAUGAUGCAGUAUACCUGUCCGUUUUGGUCAUUUGGUGUUCUGUCUUUUUGCACAGCACUUUUCAUGCUCAUAUUCAAGUUGUAUAAAGUAAAACGGAUUCCUAUGUGGCUCUCAAGAGCCAGAACACACAAAGCCCCUUCAGUGUUCCCAUUCCACACAUGAUAAUUCACAGUCAUUGGCCCUUUCUGAUUUUUCAGUGUGGUCAGACUGGAAAUGAAUCAUUACUGAAUAGUAAAUCAAGCAGCUUGACAGAAUCACGUUUUAAGCUUUUAGUUAGUCUUGAGUAUUUAAAUAGCACAAAGGGCUAUUGUAAGGGGCAACAAAACCAUGGCUCCUCAUGGAUAUUCUCCCAUAUCUGGACCUAGCCGCACAGUAUUUUACUACUGUGGUCAGCUCUGGGUUCCAGACUUAAGGAAUUUAGUUUAUCACCCAGAACAGUAUGGGAGCCAGGUUUCUAUCUGUGACGUUCCCAUUUGGUGGCUGUUCGCCCUGCCGAAUCCGUUGUAAUGUGCUUUUAGUAUUAGAUCUUAGGGGACUGUCUUCCAUUAGAGAGUAGCAAUGUGCGUAUCAGAUGUGAAAUCCACAGUGUUUCAAAACCAGCCGUGUGUCAGAUUGGAAUCCCGUUGCAGUCUGCAUCUGUCUGCGAGCAUCACAUUCUUUAUCGAACACCAGCAAUGCUUAUUCUCUUAAUACUAGUCAAGUGUAUGUUUAACGUCACACCAAAUGUUUAUGUAUUGUAAUGUAAACAGUACAUAUCAAAACAGCAACGUACUGUGGCUUUACCUUUGGAGGGGGGUUAUACGUGGAAAUACGAGGCAUACAGAUGGUGCUGGAGAGAUGACAAAUACGAACAGACAGGACAAUGACCACCAGUUAACAUGUUAGCAGCAAGUUUUAGCCGUGAGGGGAGAAGGCCUACUUCCUGUUUGCUCAUCUUCGCGGCAAGUUUCACUACCCCUGGUGUCAGCCGUUGACUAAUCUAACGAUUACCGCAACGGGACGGGCAAACCCUGGAGAGGGUGUCCCAAAAAUUCAAAUGUUUGCCGUCUCAUGAGAAUGGCGUGCUAAUGUCGAGUUGUGUGGAUACACAACAUUUGACUGUGUGUGUUUCUGUUUGCUUGUGCCUUUGUUUUCCUUCUUUCUUUUUU